AUGAAGGCGCUCAUUCUCACUCCUGCAACGAAAGAUGUCUCUAUUCAAGAGCUCCCCGUUCCCGAACCUCGCGAUGGCGAAGUCCUCAUUCGAGUUCAUGCUGUGGCACUUAAUCCCAUAGAUUCUAUAUAUGUGGUCCAUCCAAUUGCAGAACAAGAGCAUCGAAUUAUCGGAACGGACUUUGCCGGAGUGAUAACCGCUGUUGGGCCUGGUUUGAGUUCUUCAACCGAUCUCCGCGCCAAAGUUGGCGGCCGCGUGGCAGGAUUCCAUCAAGGUGCCUGCUCUACCAAUGAUCGCCCCGGAGCGUUUGCGGAGUACAUCACUGCACCAUAUGAUCUUCUCUGGUCAGUGCCAGAUAGCAUGUCGCUCGAGGAUGCUUCAGCCAUCAGCAUGUGCGGAUUGACUGCUGCACAAGGAGUCUACUCGCGCCUCAACCUUCCAUGUCCCUUUGAUGAUCAAACUGGAGCCUUAAUAGACAAUGGACAUGAUGUCACCAAUGUGCUCAUCUAUAGUGCAUCCACCUCUCUUGGCCUAUACGCUGCUCAGCUGGUUCAACAUGCGGCUCGCACUUCUGGCCGCAAAAUACGUCUCAUUGGGGCUGCAAGUCCUUCAAAACAUGAUUUGCUUCGCAAAGCGCCUUAUAAUUACGAUACAUUGGUUGACUACCGCGAUCCUGAGUGGGUUGAAAAAGUCAAAAUGGCUACGGAGGGCAAGGGGGUUGACCUUGCAGUGGACACCAUAUCGGAAGGACAGACUGUGUAUAGUGUCCAUGACACUCUAGCUGCUACCGCAAAGAUGGCUGUAUUCCGCGGACCCAAGGGAGGUCAAUAUGAUCCAUCUGAACUACGCAUUAAGCCCAUCUAUGGAGCCGUAUGGGAGGGACUGGGCCAUGAGAUUGGAUAUAACGGGGCCAUCUUUCCUGCUAACCCGGAAGCGCGAAUGUUUGCCACAAAGUUCUUCAACUUCUUAAGCACAGCCGCAGCUGAUGGGAAAGUGAAACUGGAGCCGAAUCCCGUGCGACUUAUGCCAGGAGGCUUAGAGAGAAUUGUGCCGGACGGUUUCACACUCUUGGGUAGCGGUCUUGUGUCGAAGAGGCCAGAUACAAGCCGCACAGAGAAUUACAUGCGACCUAUUAGCGGAGAAAAGAUUGUAUAUAAAAUCUCAAGCAAAGCGUAA